UUACAAUGAGCACCUUUAAUUUAUGACCUUUCACAACUCAUUCAAACAUGAUGGAGACAUUCUUGCACCCAGAUGAAUGAACUAAAAUCUCUCUUUCUGUCACCUUUGUGUCAUGUUUUCUUUCAGACAUGAGAGAUCGUCUGACGCACCUCCAUCAGGUGCAGACGGACUCUGAGGGCUUCAGCACAGUGGAGCUGGACAACUGGUCUGAGCACGAGGCAGCGGCAGCUUCACAUGUGGACCAGGACCUGGAUGGUGUCCUGCAGGAGGCCCAACAGAUACGUCUGGACAUCCAGCAGAUCCAGAAUGACAUCAGUGACCUGAGAGAUGUGAACUACCAGGCCUUAAACAAGACCUCAUACCCCACAGCGAUAAAGCGGGACUCCAAUGCAAUCGGGGCAGAUGUUAAAAGCAGAGGAGAGGCCGUGCUGCAGCGGCUGCACACGAUGAAUGCUCUCAGAGAGGAGUUGGAGGUCCAGCGUGGCAGCUCUGACCCUACAGCACGCAUCGCUCGAACACAGUACCAGUGUCUCAGCAAUGCUCUGCGGGAGGUGAUGUUCAGCUACAAUGACACAGAGAUGAACCACAAGGACGCCUGUAAACGGCAGAUCCAGAGGCAGAUGGAGGUGGUGGGCAGGGAGGUCAGCGAGGAGGAUCUGGAGGAGAUGAUGGAGAGCGGGGAGUUGAACGUGUUCAGUGCACAGGUGGAGGGCAAAACGGCUCGCUCGGCUUUCCUGCAGAUCGAGAGCCGACACAAGGAGCUGCAGGAGCUGCAGAAGAGGAUCGAGGGGAUCCAGGAGCUGUUUCUGGACGUGGCUAUGCUCGUCGAGGAGCAGGGGGUAGCCUUCGACAACAUCCAGAAAAACGUCCAAAAUACUGACGUGAUGGUUCAGGAAGCCACGUUCCAGCUGGAGCGAGCAACCGCAUCUGACAAAAACAACCCCUUCAAGAAGAUGUUUUGUGGCUGCUUUCCAUGUUUUUUCAAUUAGAUCUGGUGAGGGCCACAGGCUCUGGAUCCAGUCCACUAAAAGUAAACUAAAGGAGCAACACAUUAACACAUUAUUAUCAAUCAUCAGUUCUUUAAGAAACAAUCUCACCACCAAUAACUUUGAUCAACUUCAUGACAGCUGAGGCUCCAUCUGCUGAUGAAGGUCAUAUGAUUAUGAUCAAAACCAGUGGUGGAAAUGACUUAGUACAUUCACUGGAGUACAAAUAUGAAAGACUUGGAUUCUACUUCAGUGUUUCCUUUCAGACUGCUUCAUACUUCUCCUCCCCUUAUAUUCAGAGGGAAAUAUACAGUAUAUUAUUAUAUACUUUAACACCAGAAGGCCUACAAUUAUUUGACAGUUGGAGUUAAGUCAGUUGUCAACUGUUGUUGUAUUUUAUGUUCCGGUAACAAGAUAUGUGCAAUCUAACAAAAUUACUGAAGUAAUAAAAAUAAAUAAAUAAAUGCUUGAAUAAAUACAGGAAUAAAUAAAUAAAUUAAUGCAUUUAGAACGAUAUUCAGGAAUAAAUGUUUAUCUAAAGAUAAGUAUAGAAAAGUAAUUAAAUAAAUAUUAAUUAAUACAUUCAUAAAUAAAUUCAGGAA